AUGACGGAGCUUCCGAUUGCAACAAGGUCGCCGGAGAGCGAUGCGCAAGAAGACGCCGCAUUGGUAGAUGAAAGCUCGCCGAUGGGCCAACACGAGCACUGCGUGACCGACAGACCGACCCCUGCCGGUCAGGGACCAACCGGCGAAAUCAUUAAGCUGAACGACAUCGACGUGUACAUCUCAAAGCCAGCCGACUAUCCCCAUACACCAUCCCGGCUCCUCCUCCUUCUUACCGGCGGAACGGGCAUCAAAUCCACCAAUAACCAGAUCCAAGCAGACAUGUAUGCCUCCGAAGGCUUCCUUGUCCUCAUGCCGGACAUGUUUGGCGGUGAAACAGCUCCAGGGGGGAAAGAAGCUUAUUUCGCGGACAACUCGACGUCUCUGCUUGAGCAAAUCAAGCUCAAGGCCGUCGAGGUGGCAAAGUCCUUCAUGAUCGAUAUGUGGCUGGCGCGAGUGACGGAGACCAAAAUCAUGCCGAUACUGCUCAAGGUAAUUGAGGCAGCACACGAACAGUAUCCAGACUCUAUAAAAUAUGGUGAAGGGAUUUAUGCAGCAGGAUACUGUGUUGGUGGUCGCUACGUGCUCCUUUUGGCCAAAGGUUCCCAUGACACGGGUACCGAUGAAGAGUCGGGCAUGGUGACCAAGGGGCCGUAUAUCAAAGCCGGAGCGCUGGCACAUGCCGCAUCGGUGACGCCGGACGAUUUCAAGGACCUCCAAGCGCCACUCAGCUUAGUGUGUGUUGAGAACGACGCUUUAUUCACCGAUGAGGUGCGAAAGGCUGGAGAAGAGAUCAUGACGCGGGACAAUUUGGAGCACGAGGUGCAGGUGUACCCCGGAGUGCCGCACGCAGGAUUCGCAGUCACAGGUCAAUACCAGGAAUCGGCCAUUAUGGAUGCCCAGGUCACGGCAUACGAGCAGAUGCUGAAAUGGCUAAAAGAACACUGA